UUAUCCAUGUUUACUUCUCUCCCAGUUUCCGGUUCGAUCUCAAGCUGCAAGCAGUCGUGCGCGUGUGUGUGCGGUGUGGUGCGAUAAGCACCAAUUAGUUUCAAAACAAAUAGGCCCGUGAGGACUCACAGUUCACUAUGAGUCGCAUAAGCCACUCACCUGGCGGCCGCGGAGGUUUCGGCCGUGGCGGCGGCGGCGGGGGCUUCAAGAGCCCUGGAGGACGUGGAGGGUUUGGCCGCGGUGGCGGCGGCGACCGCGGUGGCCGUGGUGGCCGUGGAGGCUUCGGCGAUCGCGGCAGAAGUCCAGGCCGUGGUCGUGGUGGUUUCGGCAGGGGUGGUGGCGGCAGGGGUGGCCGUGGAGGUGGUGGUAUGAAGGGUGGCAAGCAGGUGGUUAUUGAGCCACAUCGUCAUCCUGGUGUUUUUAUUGCCCGAGGAAAGGAAGACUCGCUUGUCACAAUCAACAUGGUACCUGGUGAUUCAGUCUACGCAGAAAAGAGAAUUGCCGUUGAGACUGAAGGAGAAAAGGUUGAGUACAGAGUAUGGAACCCCUUCCGUUCAAAGUUGGCAGCUGCCAUUCUUGGUGGAGUUGAUCAAAUUCACAUGCCGCCUGGCAGUAAAGUCCUGUACCUGGGUGCUGCCUCUGGCACAACAGUAUCUCAUGUUGCUGAUGUGGUUGGCCCUGAGGGCUUAGUUUAUGCUGUUGAGUUCUCUCACAGAUCAGGAAGAGAUCUGUUAAAUGUUGCCAAGAAGCGAACCAAUAUUAUUCCUAUUAUUGAAGACGCCAGACAUCCACACAAAUACAGAAUGCUUGUAGGCAUGGUAGACACAAUUUUUGCUGAUGUUGCCCAGCCAGAUCAGGCUCGUAUUGUUUCACUCAACGCCCAAUAUUUCUUAAAGAAUGGUGGCAACUUUGUAAUUUCUAUCAAGGCCAAUUGUAUUGACUCCACCGCUGCCCCAGAAGCAGUAUUUGCUGAGGAAGUUAAGAAGCUCCAAGCUGACAAACUGAAACCCAAGGAACAGCUGACCCUUGAACCUUAUGAACGAGACCAUGCUGUUGUGGUAGGAGUAUACAGACCGCCCAACAAAGGCAGUUAAACAUUCCUUUGUUUGCUGAAAAAUUAGGUUUAGUUGUUGGUUCAUACAGCAUUUUGGCUGUAUUCAAUUUGUCAUUGACCACCCGAUUUUACAUCAUUUCAAUAGUAUACAAACUGAUUACUAUAAUUGUUAUUGUGGGCUUACCACACCAGUGGAAAUUUUAUUAGCCAACACAUGGCUUCAGUUUUGUUUAGGUGAAAUGUGGUAUGGUUUAUCCAUUGUUCAGAAAUUGUAAAAUUCAUUUUCUUUGUAUUUUUGGUGUUUGUUUUUAAACAAGGACACUGCUAUCGCUUUGAUUUCAUGUGCUGUAUAUGCAACAAUUCUAUGUCAGUGAUGGAAAGAAUUGAAGUGAAACAAGAUUGUUUUGAUUUUUUUUUACCAUUACAUUAAAGUAACCAAACUUUAAAACU